CAAUUUAAAUGUAUUGAAUGUGGAAAGAGCUUCGGUAGAAGUGAACACCUUAGAAGACAUCAACUAACUCACACGGGGGAGAAACCAUUUAAAUGUACUGAAUGUGGAAAGUGCUUCAGUAGAAGUGGACACCUUAGAAUACACCAACGAACUCACACGGGGGAGAAACCAUUUGCAUGUAUUGAAUGUGGAAACAGCUUCAGUCAAAAUAGAUACCUUAGAAUACAUCAACGAACUCACACGGGGGAAAAACAAUUUAAAUGUGUUGAAUGUGGAAAGAGCUUCAGUCACAGUGGACACCUUAGAAGACACCAACGAACUCACACGGGGGAGAAAUCAUUUGCAUGUAUUGAAUGUGGAAACAGCUUCAGUCAAAAUGGAGACCUUAGAAUACAUCAACGAACUCACACGGGGGAGAAACAAUUUAAAUGUAUUGAAUGUGGAAAGAGCUUCAGUAAAAGUGGACACCUUAGAAUACACCAACGAAUUCACACGGGGGAGAAACCAUUUAAAUGUACUGAAUGUGGAAAAAGCUUCAACAGGAAGGAUAAACUUACAUUACAUUGGCAAACUCACACAGCGGAGAAGCUUUAGUCAAUAUGGAACCUUAGGAAAUAUCCACUAAUUUACAUGGGGAGGUCUUAAUACAGUGGCACCUCGGGUUAAGUACUUAAUUCGUUCCGGAGGUGUAUUAUUAACCUGAAACUGUUCUUAACCUGAAGCACCA